CUGAUAUAACUACUGCUGAUGUCACAAUGGCUGAUAUAACUACUGUUGAUGUCACAACAAUGACUGAUGCAACUACAGUUGAUGUCUGUGAUAACAAUUUAUGUGAGAACAACGCUACAUGUGUGCCAUCAAAUGAUACUAAUGAUGGUUAUAUAUGUGAUUGCUUAGAAGGUUAUAAUGGGACAUACUGUCAGAAUUUGGAUCCUUGCUACUCAAACCCUUGUCCAGAAGCUGCACGUUGUAUUGUGAAUGGAAGUAACUUUGAAUGUGAAUGUGUUGAUGGCUAUUAUGGACUAAAUUGUUCUGUAAUGUGUGAGCCCCGUGAUGAUUGUGAAGGACAUUAUGCAUGUGCUGUUGAUGGAAGCAAACUGUGUUUGGCCAACUGGACUGAUCCAAACUGUUUGACAUGGAAUGGAAAACCAUAUGAAUGUCUGGUAGAUACAGGGGUUGAAAUACCAGAGGGAGGUUUUACAGGGUGGCUCGGACCAUGGGUUGCUAGCUAUGACUGUGAUGGACAAAACUUCAAUGUCCAAUGGAACAUUGAGAGCAUGAAUUUAUUAAACACUAAACCAACAGGACAAUUGAUUUACUGGCUAGAUGAUUACUCAAUAAAUAACACACAACAAUUCAUGGGAACUGUAAUCGAAAACAAAGGCACAGUUCUAUUUAUGAGAAUGAGUAGUGAUAAUAUGUCUGAGUACAACUCAAUGAAUGGACAGAUUGAGCUAAAUAAUUCAAGCCAGGUUUUAACCUUUACUCCAGCAAGAGGUGGACCAUGCUUUGAAAGAGCAUUUGACAUGAUACGGCCCACAGAAACCACAAAGGCAUGUCUGAACAAUGCAACAUGUGUACAAAAUGGCACUGAGGCAGACGAGUUUUACUGCUGUUGUCCUGAUGGCUUUAAAGGAGAUAGGUGUGAGAUUGAAACAGAUGUUGACAUGUGUGACCCCAAUCCGUGCCAGAAUAAUGGUACAUGCUACAGUGAAAAUGAUACAUUCAAUUGUACAUGUGAAGAUAACUACUUUGGUAAAACAUGCAGCACAUAUUGUGAGCCACGAGACAAUUGUAGUGGUCACUACACUUGCAGUAAAAUUGAUGGGAAAAUUGAAUGUCUUGAUGGCUGGACAGGUGAAACAUGCAACAAUCAAAUUGAAGAGCUAGAGUGUAAAGUAGAAGAAAUAGUUCCAAAGUUUACUGAUAAGGAUUGUAUGAUAAUCACAAACUGGCGUUUCCGUAACAUAUCACGAUCUACCUUCAUCCAGCAAACUGAAGCUUGUACUGGUACAACUCAGACAUUAUGUGAACUGCCAAAGGAGGGAUCAGAAUGCCCCAUAGGUUUCAAUAUUACAGUUGGGCAAAGUUGCUACUUCAUGAAUUUGGAUUGGCAAACUUCACAUGCA